AUGAACAAUAACACUCGUUCACAUUUGAAUUUACAAGAAUAUCCUAUUUCUGAUUUACUAUAUUGUUGUCCUUCCCGCACACAUAGCAAUUCUCAUUCUGUUUGUCAACAAUCAAAAAUUGAUUUAUUAUCUCAACAAACUUCAUUAAUACCUAUGCCAACACUUCAAUCAAUAUCAGAAUUAGCUGAAGAACCAAAAACUUGUGAUCGUAUGGCUCAGUUGGAUAUCAAAUCAAAUUUACAAUUAUUAAGAGAGCAAGAAAAGGUGGCUCUACAAUCUAUUAAGAAAUUAACUGAAGAAGAAAUGAUUCAUAUUGAUCAAUGGUUAUCUGUAUUACAUAAAACAUACGAAGAUUGGGAAUAUCCAUCAUCGCAUCGUGUAUUUCAAGCAGUUACAUAUUUUAAUGAUGAACAAAAAUUAUGGUAUGAACAGAUAAAAUUUGAAAUUAAUAAUGAUUGGUCAUGCUUUUGCGAUCGCUUAAAACAACAUAUUCAAGAUCGUCAGAAGGUUCAAAUUCAUCCUCCAUCAAUGAAUCAUCCAUUAUCCGAUAUUAAUGAAAUAACAUCGAUGGAAAAUUUUAUUGAUACAAAAUUUACUAAAUAUUCUGGUAAAGGUGAUGCCAAGACUUGGUUAUUACAAACAAUGAAUCAAUUUAAACAAUAUGGAUUACGUCGUCUUGAACAAGUUCAAGCUAUACCAUUUUUAUUAAUUGAUGAAGCUUAUUUGUGGUACGUAGAACAUAUUGAUUUAAUCACCAGUUUCGAAUUAUUUAGUAAAUUACUUCUUCAACAAUACUCAUCUACAUCAUCAACAGCACAAAAUAAUACUCCUGUAGAAAUGGUUGCAUCAUCAAUUAUUGCUCCAAAAUUUUUACCUACAUCACAUUUACAGCAAACGAUUGCUGAUGAAAUUAUUAAAAAACCAACAUAUUUUCGUGGCUCAAAAGACGAUGUUCAUGAUUGGUUAGAUAAAUUAGAACAACGUUUUAGAAUGGCAAAAUGGAAUGACGAAGAAAAAUUACAAUAUAUCCCAAUCCAUUUACAAGAUGAUGCAUAUCGAUGGUGGUCACAAGCAUCUACGACGAUUAAAUCAUGGUCAUCAUUCACUGCAGCCGUUAUAAAAGCUUUUGGAUCAACAAAAGUACAAGAAUUAGCAUUUGAACAAUUGAAAUGGUACAAACAAACGGUUAAUCAAUCUAUUAUGCAAUACUAUGAUAAAAUUAUUGAACUAUGCAAGAAAGUUGAUCCAGCUAUGCCUGAUUCAUUAAAAUUAAAAUAUUUAAUGGCCGGUAUAAGAGAAUCAUUAAAAUUACAUGUUGCAUUACAAGAUCCAAAAACAACUGACUCAUUUUUAUUACUUGCUAGAAAAAUUGAAGAUACAUUAUCAUUUACCAGUACAAACAAUGAAGUGCACCAGGAUGAGAUUAACAUCAAUGUUACUACAGCUCAAAAAUCGUUAGAACAAACAACUACUUCACAAAAAUCAAGUAAAAAUAUUCGACGAAAUAUACCUUCACACGCACAAUCACGGUCACGUCCAAAUUAUCCACGUACUACACAAACUUCGUUUAAGCAAAAUCAACGUUAUGAACCUUCAAGAUAUUCACAAUAUGCAGAACGAUCAAAUUGCUGUUAUAAGUGUGGUACUCCUGAACAUUAUGCUCGGGAUUGUACCCGUACCCAUUUCGGAAAAAUGAAGGUGAUGAUUGAUACAGGUGCAAAUCGAUCUUUUAUUUCAAUUAAAGCAUUAGAUUCAUCUUAUGGUAAGCACCUUGUCAAUAAAUCGCAUAGUCGUAUAAUUUUAGCUGAUGGUCAUACAUCUCUUUCUGUUUUUGGUACAAUGACUCUAUCUAUUACGAUGGGUGAUAUGUUAACUUCUAUUAAAGCGUUUGUUGUUAAAGAAUUAUGUGAUGAUUGUAUUUUAGGCAUGGAUUUCAUUAAUAAAUAUAAAUUAGUUAUUAAUACAGAAGAACAAAUAGUUUCAAUUAGUGAUGAUUAUAAACGUAAAACAUUGAAAUUUGCUGUUAAUAAAAACCAUAUAAGAUAUCCUGCACGUUUAAUUAAUAAUGUUCGGGUUCCACCAAAGCAAACAGUAACAGUUCUUGUAUCGGUAGAAUUAUCAUCAGCUCAAGUAUUAUUUCGUCCAUCUUUUAAACUACAACAGCGGUCGCCUGUCGUUAUGUUAAAUUCUGCAUUAACUAUUCAUCAUCAUACAUCAUUUAUUUCACUUCAUAAUCCAACAACUUACUCAUAUUCUUUACCAAAAGGAAUUAUUUUGGGAACAACAACUAUUCCUACAUUGGUUUUUAAAAGAAAUUCAACUACUGAUCAUCAAAUCGUACAUAAAAACAUUAAUAAUUUAAUUCGACAUAUUGGUAAUCCAGAACAGCAAGAUAGAGUAAAAACUCUUCUUAAUCCAUAUGCAAAAUUAUUUGACACAAGUAAAUUAACAGUUGCUAGUAAUGUAACACCUCAUGCUAUUAAAACGCUUGACCGCCCUCCACCAGUAUCUAAACCAUAUUAUUCUGCUCCAAGUAAACAAGAAGAAAUGUAUAAAAUAGUACAAGAAUUAUUGCAUUUCGGAUUAAUUCGUCCAUCUGAUUCUCCAUAUGCAGCACCAGCAUUACUGGUAGCUAAGCAAGAUGGUAC